UUCUCCCUUAUUAAGAGUACCCCUCCUUAUUCCUAACACAGAUAUACAAUAUUCUCAUGUACCGUAACAUUUCCUGUACAGUCGGUGCAAUAUCUUUGUUUCAUAUUUAAUGAAUCUAUAAUAGAAGUGUUUAAUUCUGUUAAAUAUAAUAUUGUUUGUUUAUUCAAUGCAUGCAGAUAAUAGGAAAGUGAUGUCAAUUAAAGCAGGAAAUUUUAAGUUCAAAUAACCUAUUAUUCAUCUUAUUCAUGAUAUAUGUACGUAUAUUUCGGGUAUCUUGCCUUCUGUCACAAUACGGCGCCUGUUAACUUGAAAUUCAGUUUCUGAUCCUUCUCGAUAAUAUUUAAAGACAGCACGCAACGAUAUUAACGUCUUCUUGAUUCUAACGUCAGAUUGAAUUAAUACGAAAAAAUGUCUAGUGAAAGCGUAAAAACGUUUGCUAGUCUUGAAACACCUGGAUAUGUGGGAUUUGCAAAUUUACCUAAUCAAGUCCAUAGAAAAUCAGUAAAAAAAGGAUUUGAAUUUACAUUGAUGGUUGUUGGAGAAUCUGGUCUUGGAAAAUCUACAUUAGUAAAUAGUUUGUUCCUUACUGAUUUAUAUCCAGAACGUAUAAUUCCUGAUGCCAUAGAGAAAACUAAUCAAACUGUUAAACUUGAUGCUUCAACUGUGGAGAUUGAAGAAAGAGGUGUCAAACUUAGAUUAACUGUUGUUGACACCCCAGGUUAUGGAGAUGCAAUUGAUAAUACAGAUAGUUUUAGAGCUAUCAUACAAUAUAUAGAUGAUCAAUUUGAAAGAUUUUUACGCGAUGAAAGUGGUUUAAAUAGAAGGAAUAUAGUAGAUAAUAGAAUACACUGUUGUUUUUAUUUUAUUUCUCCAUUCGGACAUGGACUAAAACCUUUAGAUAUAGAAUUUAUGAAACAACUUCAUAAUAAAGUUAAUAUUGUGCCAGUGAUUGCAAAAGCUGAUGUACUUACGAAAAAGGAAGUACUGCGUUUAAAAAAACGAGUUAUGGAAGAAAUUGAAGGUAGUGGUAUAAAGAUUUAUCCUUUACCAGAUUGUGAUAGCGAUGAAGAUGAAGAUUACAAAGAACAAGUUAGACAACUAAAAGAAGCAGUUCCAUUUGCUGUAUGUGGAGCAAAUACCUUAUUAGAAGUAAAAGGACGAAAAGUACGUGGACGAUUGUAUCCAUGGGGUGUAGUAGAAGUUGAAAAUCCAGAUCAUUGUGAUUUUAUAAAACUAAGGACAAUGUUAAUCACACAUAUGCAAGAUUUACAAGAAGUAACUCAAGAGGUACAUUAUGAAAAUUAUCGCAGUGAAAGACUAGCAAAAGGAGCUCCUGUACCACCUCGGAGACAAACGAUUGCAGAAUCUGAAAGAAGCAAUUCUGUAUCUGAGAAGGAUCGUAUUUUACAAGAAAAAGAAGCUGAAUUACGACGAAUGCAGGAGCUAGUGGCUGUAAUGCAGGCGCAAAUGCAACAACAGCAACCUUAAUUAUAUAUGCUUUCUGCACAAAUGUGUGAAGAAAAAUUAAUUCUUCGCCAUUACAGGUGCCAAAAAGUUAUAUUAAAUGAUUAAUUAAUUAAUUAAUGUUAUUCAAGACAAUUUAAACAUAAAUGUACAAUUUUUAAGAAUUUAUUUUUGACAAUCUUAAUCAAGAAAUAUACGUUUUUUAUUGAAUA